AUGCCUCUUCCAGAACGGUCUCUUCUUGAAUACUUACAGUUUCCUGAUCCUCUUGUGACUUGGAACACAUUUCCGAAGCCCGGCAAAUCAACUAAGACAAGCUCGUGGGCUAGACCUCGGCAAGUACGCAAAUGGGAUGGAUUCGAUUUUGAUACACUGAGUCACUUCUGCAGCAGCCGACUGCGAAAAGUGUUAGAAAAAAAGUUCAGCUUAAGAGAAAUUUCAUCUGGCUUUGAUGAAUCCUGCGGAUGUUCUGACGAGGAUUCUCUUGAACACAAUGUCAUUAGUAAAUGGAAUUACUGCGUUCUCGAUGAAGCGCUGAAGAAAUGCCAAGGAUACCUGAAGCCGGUUCAUGGAUCGACUCGUAUGGUCAGAGGUGGCGAAGUGAGAUCCCCUGAUCCAAACCUGAGAUACAGGCCCGAUUGGGGAUGCAUCAGGAGCAUACCGCCUAAUCACGAGAUUAAGUGUAAGAAUCUACUGCCGGGAGACACAAAGGUAAGCGGACACUGGUCGAGUCAUCAAAUCAAAGAUGGCUUGGUCGAAGAUACCAAGGUAAAUCGAGGUUGGCUGCGCCCAUUGAGGCAGAUAUACACCUACUGUUUGCGAAAUGGCACACGUUAUGGGUAUUUGAUCACUGAUGCCGAGCUCGUUGCUGUACGCAUCGGUUUGAGUAAAGAAGUCAGUACAGAAUGCUCGCCGAGUGAAACUAAGCGGCCUAAGCGUACUCGCUCAACUUUGGUGCCCGAGGAGAUUUCCGCUCAGCCGGAUGACAGCGCUCGUGACUAUGGCAUCCUGGAAUACGUCUCAUUUCCGUGGGCAGUGGCCGAUGACCCGGCAUCAAAGAGCAACAAGCGGGUGAGCAUCAAUCUCGUCCUAUUCUUCCUACUUCAAAUCGCGACCGGCAAGACGGAUAUUGGGUACGACUAUGGUCACCUACGGGAUGCUCUGUGGGACCAAUCCCCUGACGAUAGCGAGUUGCAGGCUUUAGGACAACUGCCUGAAGGCGAAGAAAACAUCACCACUGACGAGAUGGAAGGGGUUGAGACUGAAGGCGCGAAUCUUGAGGAGCAUCAACAUAAUAAGAGCGAUACGAAUACUGAUGUUGAUGACCCUAUGCUUGAACUACCAAAAGCGGCCUCGAAACAAGUGAGUAUCCCCUCAUCCUCCGAGAAGCCAUCUGCGGCUUAUAUCUAUUUGGGGCUGAUCCCCGAUUAUCGUAGCAGCGGCAGUCAAUGUCAAUAG